CCUGCAAGUACACAGACGCCUUUUCUGGGUUCUCUCUUUGUUUCAAACAAAGGCAGUUAAGCAGCUCAUAUUCUCUCACCUCUUGGUUAUUUAUUGGUUUUGUGGGCGGGUUUUUUUUGGGCAUCAACAUAUGAAGGAGUCUUUGAUUUCGUGUACAAAAUUGUGUUGAGAGAGAGAGAGAGAGAUUGAAUACUCAAAUUUGUAGAUAUGGAAGCGCUACAAUCACUAUAUGAAUAGUCCAUCCGGACGAUCCGGAAAUCGAAAAAAAUCCCCAGAUCGAUCGAUCGAAGAUGGUAUAUGACGAGAUUGUGGCUGUUGAGAGGCGGAACAGGGAUUGGAGAAGGGUUCACUAUGAGCAAGAGGUCAGAAACAAUCCUCUGAAUUACGACUCCUGGCUCGCUUACAUAGGGCUAGAAGAGAGUGCUGCUGCGAAUAAGCACCGAAUCAGAGAGCUGUUCCGGCGAGCUACAGCUAAUGUUCCUCCGGUGCCGGAGUUGUACCGGGACGGGAAGCUUCGGUGGCGGCGCUAUGUUGAUUUGUGGAUCUAUUAUGCAACUUAUGAGGAGGGUUCCGGAGGAGACGCGAGACAAGUUUAUGAGCAGUGCCUUGCGGUGAUUCCUCAUGACAAGUUCUCAUUUGCCAAGGUUUGGCUUCUUGCAGCGGGUUUGGAGUUACGACAGGGGAAUCUCAAGGGUGCGCGCAAGAUCCUGGCCACUGCCAUGAGAACGGCACCAAAACCCAAGAUAUUUAUCAAGUGCAUUGAGAUGGAGAUGAAGCUUGGGAAUUUGAAUCAGUGUCGGAAACUGUACGAGAAGUAUGUGUGUUGGAAACCACAGAACUGGGAUGGUUGGGUCAAGUACGCAGAGUUUGAGAGAGCAUUGGGGGAGACAGAACGAGUGAGGGCCCUUUUCGAAUUGGGUAUCCAGCAGCCGGAAACCGACCUUCGUGAGCGGUUGUGGUCGGCGUACAUUGAGUUUGAAAUAUCCGAGGGGGAGUUUGAGAGAACUAGAAAACUCUACGAGAGACUACUAGACUGCUCAAAGGAUGUCCGGGUCUGGAUCAGUUAUGCAAGGUUUGAGGCACAAGAGAACCAUUCUAUUGAACAUGCUACAAUGGUUUUCAGUAGAGCUGCUCGCUAUUUAAAAGCUUGGGGUCGAAGUCAGGAGGAGAGGAAUAUGUUGGGACAAGUAUGGUUGGAUAUGGAGGCUAGCUUUGGCGAUCUGGGCCUCAAGAGUUGGAUUAAGAUGUUCAAAAUAGAAGAAAAAAGUUACUCGAUCUCAAGGCUGUGGCCUCCAGAUCGAGUUGUAAACUGAAAUUCAAACGAUUCAUGUCUCUUUUAUUUAUUCUACUUCUUUUUGUUUUGUAAAACUGUUGUGAUAAUCUUCAAAAGCCUUAAAGUUGCCCGACUC